AUGAAGGAAUAUCUGGAACACAGCAUAACGGUGCAGACGGCCUCAUCGUUGGUAUCAGGCAUAUUGAAAAGAAUAGAUACCGACAAUGGGUUGAUAUAUGUGCAGGAAAAGAAUGUACAGUCGCUCACACGGAUUCUCUUUUCGCAUGUAGAAAAUUUGGAGCUUAACGACAACGAUCCGAAGGAGCUAAACGAUCCAGCUAUAGUAGAGGCUGGCGAAUACCUGGAAUUUAACGAAAAAAGCGAAUAUUUAUUCGAGGACAAGAACAGGUAUGCCUCGUUGUUUGUGGAUAUGACAAGCGAGCAGAGGAAGAGUAUAAUAAGAGAGGCAUACGAUAACUACGGACCGAGCAAGGAGGAAGCUGCGAGUAUUGCUGCGUGCUAUUCCAUCAAUUUCUUUAAAAACAAUUUCUUUGGCAACAAGGAAUCGCACAGUAUGAAAAUUGGCGUCAUAAUUCAAAAGGAUGACUGGUACGCACAGGUAGCGUUCAAUAUCUCGCGGCUGCUCAUGGCGCAGGGGUACUACCCCGAGUUGAUCAUGCUUUGCUCGGUGAACUGCAAGAUUGUCAGGCAGCUUUUUAUUUCCAAGAAGGAAAGGCAGAAGAAAAAGGACAGCUUGGAAGGAAGCUAUGAUCUAUCGAUAGUUGUGUGCGAUAACGCGAAUAUAUUGAAGCAAGAAUCUUUUAAAUCAAAUAGUACGGUGUUCAUUGGUGUUCCGGAGAACGCAAAGUCAAGUUCCAAGACAUACGCCAUUUUUUACGGACCGUAUGACGUAGAAUACAAGAAAUUUGGUGGUGGACUGGUGUUUGUGAAUCCCGGAUUCGGGAAAAGGACAUUGAUGAGGAUGGGACUUGAUCAUUAUCCGUCGUGUGGCUAUAUAGUUCACUCUAAAUAA